AUGGCUUCAAAUGCAGCAUCCCUCGCGUCAGGCGUCAUCUUCGGCUCAGCCCUCACGCUGUCUAACGUUGCGGCACCGUCAGUCAUCAUCAAUCAGCUCAAGUUUACCGAUUACCACAUGCUUCUCACCUUCUUGACAGCUUCGGCUUGUAGCACUGUGGUCUUCGCGGCAGCCAAGCGCGCCGGGCUCGUCCAUAUUGCUUGCAAGAAGGACAACUCAUAUGGCUGGCUGGGCAGGUACGAUGGCAACAUCGUCGGUGGUGCGCUGAUGGGCGCCGGCAUGGGGCUCACCGGAGCCUGCCCAGGAACCGUGCUCGUGCAGGCUGCUCUGGGCGUCAGCGGCAGCAGAGCCUUGUUACUGAGCGGUCUGCUUGGCGGGAUUGCCUUUGUCAAAUGGAACCAACGCAAUAAGCAGCUCGCCGCCGACAAGAGUGCGAAGCACAGCGUGUCGGAAGCGACCGGAUUGCGCGAUUCAAACACAAUGCUGGUCCUCGAGGCGGCACUGUGGUCUAUGAUUUUGGCUGCCAACGCCUUUGCGCCGCGGGGUCACUACCUGGUUCAUCCUGUGGUCGGUGGCGUGUUGAUCGGGCUGGCACAAGUCUCCUCGGUGGCCUUUGUGAAAAGACCGAUCGGGGUCAGCACCGCCUAUGAAGAUCUGGGCAAGUUCUUCUGGUCUUGCGUAGAAGGUAAACCACCGGCUCCCGGGGUUGAGAAUAUGAUCUUCGUCGGCGGCCUGGUCGCCGGUGCGAAGCUCGUGGCGUAUGCAGUGCCUGAGAUAUUGGAGAGCUUUUCCCCAGAAAGGAGCAUUUCGUUUCCAGCGGCGCUGGUGGGUGGAUUCGCUCUGAUAUUUGGUGCGAGAUUGGCUGGCGGAUGCACCAGUGGACAUGGCCUAAGUGGAAUGGCAUCGAUGGGGAUUAGUUCCUUCAUCUCGGUGCCUUCCAUGUUUGCAGGCGGGAUUCUCGCAGCAAUGCUGUCGAGAGCAUGA